AUGGAAAAGUGUAAAAUAAAGUUAUUUUUAAUAUCUGUAUUCGUCUGUUUUUUAGUUACAAUUACAUUUUAUAAAAGAUAUAGAUAUGAUUUUUAUAGAAAUUAUGAUGAGCAAAAACUGUUACUAUAUUCAGAAGAAGCUUUUUAUUUUUCUUUUUACAAUGAUAUAAUAAAAGCUAAUACUUAUAAAGAAGGACUAAAUUUAUUAAUUAACGAUACCAGGAGUGAAUAUCCUGAUACGAUAAAUGCAAUUAAGCGCUUUAACAUUUAUCCAGAAAUUAUACUUGGAACCAUAUGGAGAGUGUUAAAUUUAAAAUCAUUUUUUAUAACACCUUUUAAUUUUUAUUCAUAUGCUGCGAUUCUAUCACAGGCUACUAGUGUCAGUAUAUUAUUUUUUUUUUCAGUCUAUAUAGGAAAGUCAUAUUUUAGUGGGAUAAUAUUUUUAAUGCUUUUUUUCUCUUGUUUUCGUGAAAAAUUUAUAAUAAGGCUCUCAGCUUUUCCUUUGAGAGAAAAUUUUGCAUCUGUUUAUAUGUGGUGUAAUAUUUUGCUUUUAUAUAUAAUUCUUAAGGAAAAACAGAAUUCAUUUUUUGAAUACCUAUGUUUAUUUUUCUCAUCCUUUUUUUUUUUUAUUUUUUGGCAAUUUUCUGCUUUUGCCUCGUUAACUCAUAUAAUUGCUUUAUUUAUAGUUGAAUUAUUAGGAUAUAAAAUAUCAAAAAAGUUAAAUUACAUUUUGAUAACGUUUUUUUCUUCCUAUAUUUUAUCAAUAAUAGUAACUUUUUUUCCACGAUAUUUAUUAUAUACAUAUUUUCCCUUUGUUCUCAUUGCCAUUAUUAUUACAAAUAACCUAUUUUAUUAUUUAUAUGAAAAAAGAAAAGUGAAAUCUGAGGAAAAUUAUGAAAAUAAAUUAGAACAUCUGAAUAAAGAUAAAUAUAAGGAUUCUAUUAUAGAUAAAGAAAUAAGAAAAAGAAAAAAUUGUAGGAGUGAUGAAGAAGUAAAAUAUGUAGAAAAUAACAUAAAUGAAAAAAGUGAUACAGAUAAUUUAAUAAAAGAAAGAUAUAAUUUACUACAAAAAGUUAAGGUUAUGUUAAGAAAAGGAUUAACAUCUUUAUUUAUAUUUUUUAUUUUAAGGUUGCUAGUAAUUCAUCAAGAAAAAGAUGAUUCACAUGUAUUAUCAUUAUUAAAAGUUCGUUUAAAUCUAGCUAAUCAUAAUUUUGAUAGUAUGAUAUACAGUUUAAGUUCUGAAUUUAAUCCUUUCGCGCCUUUUAUGUUUAAAAUGUUAAAGGAUUCUGCUUUAUAUGAUUAUAUAGUUAUAUUUAGUAUUAUUGUUUUACUUUAUAACAUAAAUUAUUUUGUAUAUAUAUAUAAAGGAGGAAAAAAAAAAUUAAAUUAUGAAAUAUUAGAAUCUCAAUUUAUCUUUUUUUUAAUUCAACUUUUAUUUUACCUUCUAUUAAUGACAAUAAUAUCUAGACUUCGUGUUUUAGGUUUGCCUUUAUUGUGCAUAUUUGGUAGUUUAAUAGGAUCCCCAUAUAUUUUAAAUGGCCUUUAUUCUCUUACAAAAAUGAAUUUUACCCAUUCAAAGUCAAGCAAAGUUUUAUUACCAAAAAUUAUUAUUUAUACCUUUUGUCUUUUCGGAUGUUUUUAUCCUUUUAUAAAAUAUUUCCCCAAAAAUGAAUAUUUAAGAAUAUUAGAAUAUGAACCAUUAAAUUUAUAUAAAAAUAUGGAUUUAAUUAAUUGGCUGAAAAAAAAUAUUAAAGAAAAUGAACCAUUAAUGGCAGAUAUACCUACAUCUAGUUUUUUGAGAUUAAGUACAAAUUUUAAAUUAAUAUUGCAUCCACAAUAUGAAGAUAUUAGUUUACGUAAAAGAGUCCAAGAUUUUUAUAUGUUGUCAGCUUGUCUCCCAUUUAGUGAUGCAAAAAAAUUUUUUUAUGAAAAAUACAAAAUUAGAUAUUUUAUUAGUAAUAUUUAUAGAUGUGCAACUUCAGGAGGUAAUAUCAAUAUUUUUUCUAUUUCUGAUAAAGUUGAUUCUAAUUAUGCUAGAUGUCAUAAUAAAAAUAGUAUGAGAUUUUGUAGUCGCAUAAUGUAUGAUAAUAAAAAUUAUAAAACACUUUUUCGUAACGGAAAAUACAGUGUUAUUUAUUUUACCCCUAAAAUAAUAGAAGAUAAUUCUCCUUAUGAAAUUUUUAAUCAAUUAAAAUAUUCAGAUAUGAAGUAUUAUGAACCAUGGAUAAAUGAAUGUAAAAGAACCGAUGAAAAAUGUGGAAUUCACAUAGCUGAAGUUGCAAGAUAUACUCUAGAUUUGCUAGGAUAUCAUGCAAUAUCUUCAACUUUGUAUAAAUAUGUUGAAGAUAAUUUUCUUGAUACAAAUAUUGAUAUAAUUUAUCAUUUAGGAGAAUAUUAUGAUUAUGAUUUGAAGGAUACAAAAAAAGCAAAUGAAUUAUAUAGAAGAGCUAUUGACCUUAUAAUAAAAGAUAAAGAUGAUUUAAGUAGUUAUAUAACUGGUCAAGUUCCAUUUGUUUCUCUACCUAGAAAGAUAUAUAUUAUAUCAUCGUACAUUUACUUUUUAGCAGAAUCUAAAUUAAAUAAAAAUAAAAAGGAAAUAUUUUUAUUAUAUAAAAAUAUGAAUGAUUUUGUGGAAGCUGUUUUAUUUGCAUUGGAUAAUGGUUAUUACUAUGAAAAAUUAAAAUCUGAUGUAUCAAAUGAACAAGAACAUAUAGUUAAAAGAUAUUUAUAUGAAAAGGAUUUGGAUUCUCUUGUAGAAUUUUUGUGUCAGAAUUCAACAUACAUAUACCAAAUUAGAAAUGAGAAUCCCCAAUAUGUGCAUAUAUAUAAAAACUUUUGGAAUCUAAUAAAAAGAAUAUCAUAUCUAAACAAAUGUGUAAUUCAAAGUUUCCAUAUAUUUGAGAAAAGACAAAUAAAUUUUUUAGAUUAUUUAAAAUUUUUUUAUGUUUAUCGAUAA